AUGGCUGCAUCCACCUCUACUGAGCUUUUUCCCAGAGCAGAAGCAGCUCACACUGCUCUCAGCAACUCCCCACGCUCCAAAGGUGCGGCACGGUGGCCACUCAGCAUUCCCAGCAGGGCCCUUCCAGCUCCCAACAGUAGGGAACACACACUUACCACUCCUACCACUUCCCCUCACUUUAAACCUAUUUCUGAGGCAUUGCUCAAAACUACAGUCAAGUCCAACACCUCAACAAUCCCAAUGUCCAAGGUUGUCCUCAAGGUGGAAACCACUCCACCCACCCUCAUUUUCUACAGGAGCACCACAAAGUGCAUCAAUCCCACAAACCUUAUAAUCACAACCACUUACCCCACCACCUGCAUGACUCUGACCACCACUGAGAGACUCACCUCAGCCAUAACCUCUCCUCCCACUACUACCACCACUCUGGGGAAAAUUCCCACAACCAUGGCCCUACUCUCUUCCUCUGUCUCAACGCCCCACACAACCUUCCAUACUCUGAUAUCCUCUACAACUGGUACCACAAAAAGGGCUAGCCAGACCACAGCAAGCAUUUAUACACCCAGGUCUCUGACCCCAGUCAUCACUCCUACCUCUGUUCCCCCUUCUCUAACUGCCACGAACAUCUCAGCAAUCGUAACUGAUAACAACUCUUCACCCAUCACCAGUAGCACCUUGAUUACAACCACAGCUUCAUUUCCCAACACUGCCAGUACAUUCAGAACAGCAACUGCCACCACUUAUGAUCCCACAUCAACAAAUAUAUUAACAACACUUACAACGCAAAGUAUAUCUGCUUCUACUGAAGUGACUGCUGCACUCAGUACACCAAUUACUUUGAAAACAAUGAGUUCUAUGGAAACAAAACUAUACAGGCAUGCCUAUCUCAACACGGACAACCAUCACCCCUACAGCCAGGGCUACCACUGGUUCAUUGACUACCAUUACUGA